CGACGAUUCCCAUUCCCAAGUUCAUUUUCGCGACAUUACUGCGUUUCGGGUUUCUAUGUGAUUGUUGAAUUUUUGUCUUACGCGCCGGCUCUCGUUGGUGUUUUCGAUUUAGGUAUUUCCAUGUGAGACUAACAUUUGGCUCGUUUACUCGCAGAUAAAAAGAGAAUUUCUUCUGAUCGUAAAGGCAUUCUUCAAAGAACGUGUUUGUGGAACCUGUUUUGUUUCUUAUAUCUGUCCUUUGUCAACUAAUCCUGUAAAUCAGGUGAAAACUCGGUGUUACAGGCCACCUACUAGGAUGGAUAACAGUUCUGAUGAAGAGUCAGAGAUCAGUGAGUCUGAGAUUGAUGUCUAUUAUGUAAAACCUUACGAGCUACUGAAGAAUGGGGAGUACAAGGUUAAGGUGAAGGACACAUUCAGGUGCCCCUUUUGUUCUGGGAAGAAGAAGCAGCAUUACAAGUAUAAGGAGCUACUUGCUCAUGCGUCUGGUGUUGCCAAAGGAUCUUCGAGUAGAAGUGCUAAGCAAAAAGCUAAUCACUUUGCAUUGGCAAAGUACAUGGAGAACGAGCUUGCUGGUGAUGCUGAUGUCCCACGCCCACAAAUUCCCUCGUCCUCAUCGAAGCAGUCUCAACUAGUUGUGGAUGACAUUUAUGUCUGGCCUUGGAUGGGGAUUGUCUUCGACCCGGUAAGAAGAACUGAUAACAAGAAUGUGCUCCUUGAUUCAGCCUACUGGUUGAGGAAGCUCGCCAGAUUCAAUCCCCUUGAAGUGAAAACCCUUUGGCUUGAGCAGGAUUCUGUAGUUGCCGUCAUUCCUCAGUUUAACAGUGGUUGGAGUGGGUUUAAGAGUGCCACAGAGCUUGAGAAGGAAUAUGAGAUUAGGGGCUGCGGCAGAAAGGACUGGAUUGAUAAAAGAGGAGACUGGAGGUCUAAGGCUUAUGGUUGGUGCGCACGCGCGGAUGACUACAACUCUCAAGGGUUGAUAGCAGAGUACCUGUCCAAAGUAGGAAAACUGAGAAGUUUCUCUGAUAUCUCCAAGGAGGAAAUUCAGAAUAAGAAUAUUGUGGUGGAUGAUCUAGCAAAUAAAAUUGCUAAGAAAAAUGAGGAUCUGAACAAGGUCCAGUACAAGUGCAAUGAGAACGCGAUCUCUCUGCGCAGGGUUCUUAUAGAGAAAGACGAGCUGGACCAACUUUAUAAAGAAGAAACAAAAAAAAUGCAGGAGUUUUCGCGGGAGAAUAUCAACAGGAUCUUUAGAGAAAAGGAGAGGCUAACCAAUGAACUGGAGGCUAAGAUGAAUAAUCUGAAGGUUUGGUCCAAACAAUUGGACAAGAAGCAAGCACUAACUGAACUGGAGAGACAAAAGCUUGAUGAGGACAAGAAGAAGAGCGAUGUCAUGAACAGCUCCCUCCAGUUGGCUUCACAGGAGCAGAAAAAGACAGAUGAUCGUGUCUUGAGACUUGUGGAAGAGCACAAGAGGAAAAAAGAAGAGACGUUGAACAAGAUCCUUCAGCUUGAGAAGGAGUUAGACAGUAAGCAGAAACUUCAAAUGGAGAUUCAGGAGCUGAAAGGAAAGCUGAAAGUCAUGAAGCAUGAGGAUGAAGAUGACGAGGACAUCAAGAAGAAAAUGAAGGAGAUGAAGGAACAGCUAGAGUACAAGUGUUCUGAGUUACAAGAUCUAGAGGAAACUAACUCGGCUCUCAUGGUAAAAGAACGUCAAAGCAAUGAUGAGAUACUAGAAGCACGCGAAUUUUUGACUACGGAAUUGAGAGAAUUGUUGAGUGAUCGAACCAUCAUCAGAGUAAAGAGGAUAGGAGAACUUGAGGAAAAGCCCUUCAUGACAGCAUGCAAGCAGAGAUUCACAGUUGAAGAAGCUCAGGUGCAGUAUGCCAUGCUUUGCUCUAAAUGGCAGGAAAACCUCAAGGAUCCAGCGUGGCACCCAUUCAAACAUGUGGGGACUGGAGACAAAAAGAAGGAAGUGGUGGAUGAAGAAGAUGAGCAAAUUAAGAAUCUGAGAGAAGAGUGGGGAGAAGAAGUGAAGAAUGCAGUGAAGACAGCACUGGAGGAGCUUAAUGAGUUUAAUCCUAGUGGCCGGUACUCAGUCCCAGUACUGUGGAAUUCGAAGCAAGGAAGAAAAGCCACACUGAAAGAAGUGAUUGAUUACAUGACACAGCAGAUCAAAACUCUCAAACGCAAACGACCCUAAAAGGAAACAGAUACUGCAGGAGAAAGAAAAAUCUGGUCGUUGGUUUCAAACUUUUAACCGUUUAAUUAUGCCAUUAAUAAAUUGAAGACCUGUUUAUAUGUUUUGUAAAGUGUUGGGGCUUUUCUGUCUCACGGUGAUUUUUGUCUAUACUAAUUUCCUUAAAACUAUCUGAAGUUAUGUGAUCAUAAUUAUUUGAAGUUGCACUAUGAGCCUGGCAAAUAAUAUGUUUUUGUAUGUUCCGUA